AUGGCGGGUUUCCUCAUUCCACCAUGGUACAAGAGCGAGAAGCCCGGGGAUCUCGAGAUCAAUAUCGUCAGCAUCAUAUUUGGUUGUAGCUUGGGAGCGACCCUGUUCACUGCUUCCAUGGCAAUUCAACAGACUCUUUCUGCCUAUAGAAGAGGGAGACUCUUCAGUGCUUAUAUCAUCAUGUGUUGGCUCGAUUGGAUUGGAUGCAAUGUCAUGGGCAUUGUCACUUACUGCUGGUUGAGAGGAAUCGCUCCGCCGAGCUUCUGGGUCUUCUUCUUUAUUAUUGUCGCCUGGAGCAUGCAGAUCCAGUUCACCCUUCAGAUCAUCAUCAACCGAAUAUCACUCCUCCUAGUCAACAAGAGGAAUAUCAACCGAGUCAAAUGGGGUGUUGCUUUGAUUGCAUCUCUCAUCAAUAUCAGCGGCUUCUGUAUUUGGAUCCCCGCCCGAUUGCAAAUUUCUCCUGUUUACGAGGAAAUCAAUAUUGUCUGGGACCGCACCGAGAAAGCCAUUUUCCUCCUUGUCGAUCUCGCACUUAAUGUAUACUUCAUUUACCUUGUUCGAUCGAGGUUGAUCAAGUAUGGAUUGACCAAGUAUAACAAGCUCUUCUACUUCAACGUCACCAUGGAAAUUAUAUCAGUGUCGCUGGACUUUGUCUUGAUGGGGGCCACUUUUCUCCCAAGCCCUGUCGUUUAUGUUCAAUUCCAUCAACUCGUAUACCUACUCAAACUCUACAUCGAGAUGAACGUAGCAUCACUCCUGGGCCAUAUUGUCAGGGAUUCGCAACAACAGACCAAUCGACCAUCCACAAACAGAUUCGGACGAAACGAUCUUGAACAUUCAUCCGGCGGCCGAAUUACAACUUCUAUAUCAUCGAAUCACGUCACUCAUGUCCGACUUGCUGAUCAGUCCGAUGACACAAUCUACUUGAGCAAACCACGACAAGAGGAUGGGAUUGUGAAGAAAACGGAAACGACCGUAGUUUUCAACCGUAUUCGUAGUCUGAGGGCUGUUUCAAGACAAUCUGAAUCGACUAAUUAG